AUGAAUGUUCUUUACUCGCUAUUAGAUGUCAAUAAUCAGCGACUUGAUAUUAUAGCGCAAGAACAAAUUUUCACUAACAAUCUUAAUUUUGUUUUAACAUUAUCAAAUGAUGAAAUUUCUUCAAUUUCUGAUUCGAUAUUUGAUCGAUUUGGUUUCAAUAUAUUGCCAAGAAUUCAUCAUAAUGUUAAAUCUCUCACUCUUGAAUCAGCUUCUAUGGAACGUAUUCUUCGUGUGGCCGAUUAUCCAAAUCUUACUAAACUUAAACUUUUCAAUUUCAACAAAGAAAUCGUCUCAUAUUAUUUUAAAGACGAUUCUAUCUUUAAACAUAUUUUUAAACAACAAAUUACAGAUCUUAUUCUUAUCAUUAAUGAAGAUAACAUGGAAAUAAUAAGAAAAGAUUAUACUAUAAAAGUUUUUGCAUUUAUCUUGACUUUCUUUGAAAAUUUAAAACAUUUGACUAUUAUACCAUCAUCUAUCAACAAUUAUCCAUUCAUAUCAUUAUAUGAUUUACCAUCGACAAUUUUUUCCUCUUUGAUACUUACUAAAUUAUAUCUACCUAAUCUCAAAUUUUUUUUGUUAAUUUGUUAUAAUUCUACUGAUGGAUAUGACAAUCAAGUUGUACCUCUUCUUCGUCGAAUGUCACAUCUUGAAGAAUUAACUUUGUAUCUUCGUAUAUUGAAUCGACCAAUAUUCAUCGAUGGUACUCAUCUUCAUAAUGAAAUUCUUAUUCAUAUGCCACGACUUCAUAUAUUCAAGUUUUAUAUUACUACUGAAAAUAAGAUUGAUGAUUCUAUUGUUCAUCUAUCAAAUGAUGAUAUUCAACGAACUUUUGAAAAUCUAGAACAUCGACAGAUGACUUGUUUUAUAGAUUAUUUCAAUAAUUACAAAGCCAUAUGUCGCAUAUUUUCACUUCCAUUUCAAUUUGAUCGUCUUGAAGAUAUUACAAAUCAUUUUCCAAAUAUUAUAUUCAAUUAUGCAACUCAUUUGAAAGUAUAUGAUAAGAUUCCAUUCAAGCAUGAAUUUUUCGUUCGUGUUGCUCGAUCUUUUCCAUUGCUUCAAUGUUUUUCAGUUGAAAAUCUUCUACCACCAUUUUGGAUAUUUAACAAACCUCUACGUAUCAAUGAUGAAUGGUAUUCGGUUGUUGAAUAUCCUCAUCUUAUUUCACUUGACAUUAGUUAUUCAAAUAUUUAUUAUAUUGAACAAUUUCUCAAUGAAGCUUAUACAUAUCUACCCUGUCUAACUGAAUUAAAAUUUUCAUAUAAUUCUUUGGAAUUUGUGACAGACAACUUUGCAAGAGGUACAACACGACGCAAUUGUGCUAAAGUGAAGCGAUUAAUUGCCGGCAAUUCGAUAAUCAUUUAUUCAGAAAAAGUUUAUAGAUAUUUUCCUUCAAUGUAA